UUAUCCAGUUAGGGUUUACAGUGUUUUUAUUUCAUCCGCAUCAAAACCCCUCUUCUCUGCAUUUCUCUCUCACAGACUCGGUAAACCAAAAGCUUCCCACAUUUUCAAUUGUAGCUCUAUUAUGGUUGCUGCUGCAGCUGUUAGUUUCCUUGUCACAUUUACAUUUUGGGAGCUGAGUGUGGAUCUGCGGAUCAUUUUAAUUUCCUUCGAGCUGCCCAUAUAUUUACAGGUGGACACAUCAGGAAGCUGCUAUCCUCGGUUUUCCUUUUGUAGACUUGCAUUUUAGGUGUUUGCUGUGAACCACAUAGAUCAUGCAUGCAAUCCAGGGUGGCUGGCAAGGACAAACUUUUGCCCUUGCCACUAGCAAUGAUGCAGGGGGGAAGAAAUCGAGGAUUAGACGUUCAAAAGAAGAGAGGAAGACGAUGGUCCAAUCUUUCAUAAAGAAAUAUCAGAAGUCAAAUAAUGGGAAUUUUCCUUCCCUCAAUCUUACUCACAAGGAAGUCGGUGGUUCUUUUUAUACAGUGCGUGAGAUUGUUCGUGAGAUCAUUCAAGAAAACAGGGUGUUAGCUCCUCCUAAUAAAUUUCUAGAUGAACACUACCCUUCUGGAUUUACUGAGCAAGGGUCUAGUUCAUUGGAACAUAAAAUUGAUUUUCUAGCACCCAAAAAUUUUUAUAUUUCGACUCCUUUUUCAUCUCCAACUACCAAUGUGGAACUCAUGCCAAGCUCCAGCUUGCAGUUUAGUGACCCUGAAUUGAAUGAUGAACAAGGUGUCAAUGAACUAUGCAAGGUAGCUACAGAAGAAAAAGUAUGCGAAGAAGCAAGGAUUGCUCAUCCUUUACAUUAUAAAGAUAUAGUGAAAGAAGAUUCUAAUUCUUGGAAGCAGAAGGACGAGUUCGAUAAUAAGAAUAUCAUCAAUGAAAGUGAAGGGAUUGAAGACAAUACUGUUCAAAAACCACUCUUGACAAAUUUUGAUUCGAUUGAUGCGGACAACAGUCAGAGGAUGCUUCAGUCUAGCCAAAAGAAUCAUGAUUUUCCAGAGACUCAGGGCCAUGGAGCUGAACAAUAUCUCGAUAAUACUGAGCAGAUUGUUGAUAAACUUAAUGGAACUGAAAAACAAGCUCAUACGGAGUCAGCUGACAUGGAAAUUAUCAGUAAAGUGAAUUUUGGAGACCGGGAUAAGGAAGCGCCACAAGUUGCUAUAACAACAAAGUCCAGUUCUGCUGUUGAAAUACUCCCAGUGCAACCGAUUUCUAGGACAGCUGAUGUGGAUGGAGAAUCGGGUAUUUCAAUUAGAAGUGAAAAGGUAUCAUUUAUUGAAAGCAAUAUGGAUGUUGUUAAUGGGAAGGAUGAACAGAAUCAUAAAGAAGUGUCGUUGAAAUUAGAAAAUGAACAUACGGAUGAGAAGUCAGUGCAAAAUCUUCACGACUUCACAAAUGACCAUGGAUCUAAAAGCUCCUUGCUCGAUGAAACUAAGGUUGGGCAUUCUUCUACAAAUUUGGUCUCUGGGACACCUCCCCAAGUAGGAACUGAAGCUGAUACUCAAAAUAAGAAUGGGUUACAGAAAAUGGACAGAAUCAACCUCGAAACUUGGAAGGGGUCGAAGAAAUCGUCUAGAAUUGAAAAUAACCCGAUUUUGGCAUUGGUGAAGACCUUUCUCUCUGCUCUUGUUAAGUUUUUGAAUGAAUGAGGUUUUAGCUGUUAGAUUGGUUUUUUUGUUCAUUGUAAGUUUGUGGGCUGUGUUUUUGUCUGUCUGUGGGAUCGGGGUAGGGAUACCUCUCUUAUGAUUUGAAUGAGUUUAAGAGCAGUAAAAAUUUGAAUGUAUGUAUAUAAA